GCUGUGAAGAGAGAGAGAAAGAGAAGCAAAUAAAUAUUCCCCCGCCCACAGCAAGAGCCAGGCUUGGCUCCAGCCGCCUCCCGUUCCCAAGUAGCUGCCAGCUGAAGGAACCUCCUCCGUCCUCCGCCCGCCUACCUGAGAAGAGAGAGAGAGAAAGAGAGCAAGAGAGAGAGAGCAAGAGCGAGGGCGCGUUUGGCAGAAAAGCCACGAAACUCAAAUCCAGCCAUUCAUCUCCGUGGAGCCAAGAGAGAGAGCAGCCUCGGGCGACUUUUUCUCCGGGACAAUUUGGCAGAAGAGAUCAGAAGCAACUGCAGAAAGAAGUGGGAAAUAAGGAGUAGUAGUAGUAACAAAAACAACAACUCCUGAUAAGGAUAAAAGCAAAGGCAUCGUGGAGGAAAGGCUAGAGGACUUUAGGGAAGAGGGAAACAGCUCCGGAGUUUUUCCCGGGAACUUGGCUUCUCGCUCAAAACUGCCCUGAAAGGAAGGAAGGGAAGAAGGAAGGGAAGAAGGAAGACAGGGAGGUUUCGGAGGCCAACUUCCCUCCAGGCUGGAGGACGUGGACCAGGCACCGCCUCGCUGGCUGUGGCGUCUGAUGAUAAAAAGGAAGAAUUGCUGAGGUUCCUGCCAGGCGAGCUGUCGAAUGAAGUAUCUACCUAUAACCCCAGCUGAGGAAGUAAGUGACAGGAGGAGCACAGCGGAAAGACCAACAUAGGGACAUCAAUAAAAGAAAUAGAAAGGAAACCAUUGUCAAGGUGGUCAGCUUCGUGUCACUGAAAGACGACACUUAGAAGGUUCAAAGGUCUGCCUAUUACAUUUUUUAAAGGACCCGAUCUAAAUCUGGAAGCUACCCUGGCAUGGCAAUGCAGACUUCGUGCAGAAUGCACACUUCAAAGAAGUGGCUUGGACCGAAUAUAUCCUUAAGUUUUUACCUAAUGAUGAACCUUGUUACUAUUGUAUUAUCUGGAAGCACCAGACCACCCAGCAAAAGCCAAGGUGACAGUCCUUCAGACAACAUGCUUCUACAUCAGCGAAUGAAGAGGAGCUGGGUAUGGAACCAGUUCUUUGUUUUGGAAGAAUAUACAGGAACUGACCCUUUGUACGUGGGAAAGCUCCAUUCUGAUAUGGACAGAGGAGAUGGAUCAAUCAAAUAUAUUCUUUCAGGAGAAGGAGCGGGUGUUGUGUUUACCAUCGAUGACACUACUGGGGACAUCCAUGCCAUACAAAGACUAGACAGAGAAGAAAGGUCCCAGUAUACACUAAGGGCUCAGGCCUUGGACAGACGGACAGGAAGACCAAUGGAACCAGAAUCUGAAUUUAUCAUCAAAAUCCAAGAUAUCAAUGACAAUGAACCUAAGUUUCUGGAUGGACCGUAUGUUGCUUCAGUACCAGAAAUGUCACCAGUGGGCACCUCUGUUAUCCAAGUGACAGCUACAGAUGCUGACGAUCCUACCUAUGGGAACAGUGCCAGGGUCGUCUACAGUAUUCUCCAAGGACAGCCAUAUUUCUCCGUGGACUCCAGAACAGGCUUAAUUAGAACGGCAUUAAUGAACAUGGACAGAGAAGCAAAAGAAUAUUACGAAGUUAUAAUCCAGGCCAAAGAUAUGGGAGGGCAGCUGGGAGGAUUAGCUGGGACAACUAUUGUCAAUAUCACUCUCUCUGAUGUAAAUGACAACCCACCUAGAUUUCCACAGAAACACUAUCAGAUGAGUGUUUUGGAGUCUGCUCCAAUCAGCUCUACAGUCGGCCGAGUUUUGGCUAAAGACUUGGAUGAAGGCAUUAAUGCUGAAAUGAAAUACAGCUUUGUGGAUGGAGAUGGACUGGACGUCUUUGAUAUCACCACUGAUCCUACUUACCAAGUUGGGAUCAUCACCGUGAGAAAGCCACUGAGCUUUGAGAGCAAGAAAACAUAUACUUUAAAAGUCGAGGGUGCUAAUCCUCACCUGGAAAUGCGCUUCUUGAACCUAGGCCCGUUCCGUGACACCGCAACUGUGCAUAUCACUGUGGAGGAUGUGGAUGAGCCCCCAGUCUUCGAGCCUAGCAUUUAUUUUGUGGAGGUACCUGAAGAUGUGGACAUUGGGACCACCAUACAAAUGAUACAUGCCAAGGACCCUGAUGUGACCAACAACUCUAUCAGAUACUCCAUUGAUCGAAACAGCGAUCCUGGGCGUUUCUUCUACGUUGACAUUGCAACAGGGGCUCUGAUGACUGCACGACCACUGGAUCGGGAAGAUAUUUCGUGGCACAAUAUCACUGUGCUGGCUCAUGAGCUGAACAAUCCUUCACAUGUCGGCAGUGUUUCCGUCACAAUAAGAAUCCUGGAUGUGAAUGACAAUGCUCCAGAAUUUCCCAGGUUCUAUGAGGCCUUUGUGUGUGAAAAUGCAAAAGCUGGACAGCUGAUUCAGACAGUAAGUGCGGUAGACCAGGAUGACCCACAGGAGGGACAACACUUCUACUAUAGCUUGGCUCCUGAGGCAGCUAACAACCCCAAUUUUACUCUAAGGGACAAUCAAGACAACACUGCUUGGAUUUUAACCAGGAGAUCCGGCUUCCGGCAGCAUGAGCAGAACACCUUUUACCUUCCUGUCCUGAUAGCUGAUAAUGGACGACCCAUGUUGAGUAGCACGGGGACAGUAACCAUUCAUGUCUGCAGCUGCGAUGACAAAGGUCUUGUGAUGUCCUGCAAUGCUGAAGCCUAUGUGCUCCCUGUGAGCUUGAGCAGGGGAGCCCUCAUUGCCAUCCUUGCCUGUAUCUUCGUCUUACUUGUGUUGGUGCUGCUGAUCUUAUCCAUGAGAAGACACAGGAAGAAGCCUUACAUUAUAGAUGAAGAGGAGAAUAUCCAUGAAAAUAUUGUCCGCUACGAUGAUGAGGGAGGCGGCGAGGAAGAUACAGAGGCUUUUGACAUUGCUGCCCUAUGGAACCCUAGAGAGGCCCAAGUGGUGAUGAAGAACAGACAGGACAUGAUGCCAGAAAUUGAGAGCCUUUCCAGAUACGUGCCUCAGGCCUGCACAAUGGAUAGCAGUGUCCAUAGCUAUGUGUUGGCCAAGCUCUACGAAGCAGACAUGGACCUCUGGGCUCCUCCCUUUGACUCACUCCAGACAUAUAUGUUUGAGGGGAAUGGCUCAGUGGCUGAGUCUCUCAGUUCCUUACAAUCCGUGACCACGGACUCUGAGCAGAGCUAUGACUAUCUGACAGACUGGGGGCCACGUUUUAAAAAGCUGGCUGAAAUGUAUGGCGCCACAGAAGGGAGUGGGGCGCUUUGGUAACCAAGAAAGAAAAGGCCGGGUACUAAGAGUGCUCAGGUGCAGCGGCCAUUCCGAAUUGGUUCUCAUCAGCUCGGGGGACUGGGAUGAGGUGGCCUCCAACAAAUAGCAAUACGGUGCUUGAGGGAGAAUGCAGAAGUGGAGUGCGGAUAAAUGAAUGCUCUCUCUGGAUCAGCUUUACUCAGUUACAUUAAUCUACAUUUGUAAACGGUGACAAACAGAAAAGGGGUGGGGGAAGUUAUUUCCUGGGUGUGGAUUUAGUUUUGUUUGUUUUUAAUGGCUACACUUGAACCCAUCACUCCUGGACUUAGAGUGCCAUUAUCAUCUUUUGCUGAUCUUUUCUUCUUCUUUGUCAAUACACACAUACACAACAUCUUAAUAAGUUUCUUACAAUUGGGGGCCACGACCCAUAAUUUUCAGUUUGCAAGGAAAUUGUCUGCAGAAAGCCUUCCCCAACAUGGAUGAUACCCUCCUUUCUUGUCUCUGUUUGAAAAAUAAUUGUAUGUUGGCAAAUUCAAGGCGGCAUAAAAUGGAACAA